GUUCUGAACUCCACUCUCUCGCUCUCUCUCUGCAGUUUUGCGACCAGUUCCUCUACAAGUCAUUUCGAAAGCCACAAACACACACACUGCAGCAGGAAACUGACAAACACACACACGCAUGACACAGCAGCAAACUCACUGUAUGAAAUGGACGAACUAGUCAUCACCUCAUCGCUCCAGCAUGUUAGCUAUUCAAGGCCUCUGUUCCUCCACACCUCAGCGCCGCUGUGACAUCACUUCCUGGGGAAGUGAAACACAGUUUCGCCCGAAGUCAGGAGGAGGCGGUUUCGGCCGCAGGCAGGAAGUGAGGCAACUGCUUCCUGUCAGCGGAAGUGGAGUCUGCAGAAGUCGGCAUAAUCUAUGCUUUGCUGGAGGAACUUGCCCAGAGCUCCCAGCAUGCACCUGAGCAGGGUGACGAUGAUGUCACAAACCCGUACGGGAGGCUGAUGGAGUGUGGAAGCAGAGAGAGGGAGCGAGAGAGGGAGGAGGAGGAGGAUGGAGAGCAGCCGAUUCAACCAGUAUACACCACCAGCAUCCCAGCGAAACCAGCUCAAGAGGACAGAGAGCAUCUCUACAGCGUGGUUCUGGAACCCAGGGAGGUCACUUCCGGGCUGCUCAGCCCAAACUCUGCGACCAGAGAACUUGAUGAUAUCAUGGGCAAGUUACUGAAGAUGGAUCUGGAGAUUCCCAGUGCCCCUGCAAACUGCCCUCCCGCUGUCUCAGAAAGACAGGAGAGAGAGAGAGGGAGAGAGAGAGAGAGAGAGAGGGAGGGAGAGAGAGGGAGAGAGAGAGAGGAGAAGAGAGGGAGAGGGAGCGAGAGAGCGGAGGAGGAAGAGGAGGGAGGGAAAGGGGCUCAGGCAGUGAAGAAGACGCCCCCCUCUCUCCCGGGGAAGACAGGCAGUUCGAUAGACGCCCUGCUCGGGGACCUGAGCUCCGACAUGGAGAAGAUGGGAGUCAGGACCUCAGCCAAGGGCCAGUGCGCUUCCUGCGGGAAAUGCAUCGUGGGAAAGGUGGUCACAGCGCUGGGGGUUCCCUGGCACCCAGAGCACUUUGUGUGUUUUCACUGCGGUGCUGAGUUGGCCUCGAUAGGAUUCUUCGAGCGAGACGGCCAGGCUUACUGUGACCACGACUACCACAACCUGUUCUCUCCUCGCUGUGCCUACUGCAACGGACCCAUCCUGCAGAAUAUCGUCUCAGCUCUAGGGAAGACGUGGCACCCGGAGCACUUCUUCUGUACCGAGUGUGGAGAGCCGUUCGGAGAGCAAGGUUUUCUUGAGAAGGAAGGGAAGCCGUACUGUCUCCCUGAUUUCUAUCGCCUCUUCGCUCCGAAGUGCUUCGGCUGCGACCAGCCAGUCAGGGAGAAAUACCUCUCUGCAGCCAAUCAACUGUGGCACCCAGAGUGCUUUGUGUGCACCGACUGCCUCUCUCCCUGCUCCGAUGGCUGUUUCUAUGAGAUAGACUCUCGCCCGCUCUGCCCCCUCCACUAUCACGCCCGGAAGGGCUUGCUGUGCGGGGGGUGCAGGGCUCCGAUAUCAGGGCGCUGUGUCUCGGCGAUGGGGAAGAGGUUUCACCCGGAGCAUUUCGUCUGCGCCUUCUGUUUGAAGCAGCUGAACCAGGGAGUCUUCAAGGAGCAGAACGAGAAACCUUACUGCGCUGGCUGUCAUGAGAAACUGUUUGUGUAGACAGAAGAGAGGAGAGGAGAGGAGAGGAGAUGAGAGAGAGGAGAGGGAAAGGAGAGAGAGAGAGAGAGAGAGAGA